ACACCCCAGCUGAUGAUGGCUGUGGGGACGGCUGUGAUUGGCUCUCUACAGUUUGGCUACAACACAGGUGUCAUCAAUGCUCCUCAGAUCAUCAUUGAGAACUUCUACAAUGAGACGUGGCACAGCAGGUUUUCAGAGGACAUCUCUCAGACCACUUUAACAGCUCUGUGGUCGCUCUCGGUGGCCAUCUUCUCUGUGGGAGGAAUGCUCGGCUCCUUCUCUGUUGGACUCUUUGUCAACCGCUUCGGCAGGAAGAACUCCAUGCUCAUGGCCAACGUCCUUGCCUUUAUUGCUGCUGCAUUUAUGGGGUUCUCCAAACUGGCCUGUUCCUUUGAGAUGCUCAUCAUUGGACGUUUCAUCAUUGGCCUGUACUCCGGCCUGUCCACUGGAUUUGUGCCCCUCUACGUUGAGGAAAUCUCACCCACAUCUCUGCGUGGAGCAUUAGGCACUCUACAUCAGCUUGGUGUUGUGAUCGGCAUUCUCCUGGCGCAGGUCCUUGGGAUUGAAGGGGUCAUGGGUAACUCCACCUUGUGGCCCGUUCUGUUGAGCAUCACUUUGCUGCCGGCCGUGCUGCAGUGCAUCCUGCUUCCCCUCUGCCCCGAGAGCCCCAGAUACCUCCUCAUCAACUGCAACGAGGAGAGCAAAGCCCGCAGCAUCCUGGUGAAGCUGCGGGGGACCGAUGAGGUGAGUGAGGACAUGCAUGAGAUGAAGGAGGAGAGCCAGCAGAUGAUGAGGGAGAAAAAGGUGACCAUCCUCGAGUUGUUCCGUUCCCCAUCGUACCGCCAGCCCAUCUUUGUCGCCAUCAUGUUGCAGCUCUCCCAGCAGCUGUCUGGUAUCAACGCUGUGUUUUACUAUUCGACUGGGAUCUUCCAUCGAGCAGGUGUGUCCCAGCCGGUCUAUGCAACCAUCGGCGCAGGAUUGGUGAACGUGGCCUUCACUGUGGUUUCUUUGUUUGUGGUGGAGCGAAUGGGCAGGAGACCUCUUCACCUCAUCGGUUUGAUGGGAAUGGCGAUCUCUGCAGUUUUUCUAACCGUUGCUAUGGCGCUGUUGGACCACUUCAGCUGGAUGUCCUACAUCAGCAUCGUGGCCAUCUUUAGCUUUGUAGCCUUCUUUGAAAUCGGCCCCGGGCCAAUCCCGUGGUUCAUCGUGGCCGAGCUCUUCAGCCAGGGUCCACGGCCUGCGGCCAUUGCAGUUGCCGGUUUCUCCAACUGGUCUGCCAACUUCAUGGUGGGAAUGGGCUUCCAGUAUGUUGAGCUGCUCUGUGGCCCGUACGUCUUCAUCAUCUUCACAGUCCUGCUUCUCGGCUUCUUCGUCUUCACCUACUUCAAGGUGCCCGAGACGAAGGGCCGAACCUUUGACGAGAUCUCAGCCGGUUUCCGUCAGUCGGCGGGUCACGGUGCUGACAAAUACUCUGCUCCUGAAGAGUUUAACACCCUGCGGGGGGAGGACCCCGACCUCUGAAAACCUGUCUCUGAAAACACACUCUUGUGCAGUGAAGCUACGUUUCACGCCUGGGGUAAACUUUUAGAGCAUUACUGUCAUGUUUCACAUGUGUGUACGCCAAUAUUAGAGUGUUACAUACAAGCUUUAGACUUCACAUGGACUGUAAAAAAAAAGAUGGAUGACCUGACUGAGGUUAUCGGUGUUAGUAAAUAUGGGAUCAGUCUGUAGUCUAGGAAUUAUGAUCUCUGCCUCUACCAUGGCAGCAAGAAUGGUACCCAUAGCUUUUUUAAGUUGUCAAGCAUGAAAGAACCAGGGAUCGAUCUGCAGAAAUGUUUAUAUAAUCAUGUUUUUAUUUGUGUUUUAUCCCAUAAAUUAAGAGUUGUUGUGUUUUUAUUACCUUGCACUGAUGUAUUUAGCGUCUUUUAGGGAGUCAGCAAAGUUGCAGCGCCAUCUUUCAGCAACAGCCUUUUGUUGCAUUUAAGGGCAAAAAAAAGUUUCUACAUGGUGGGAAAGGAUUGGAGAAUGGGUAUGUUGGGGGGGAGUCAGGGCUUUAGUUGGUUGCAAUUUGCAACCCCCACCACUAGAUGUCACUAAAUCUCACACACUGCUCCUGAAAGUGAGUUUGUCAUCUGAGAGUGAGUUCGUGGUGGGUUUUCGACUGUAAAUAUUUUUCAUUAUUUCAUUUAGUCAUUGAAGCUUCUAUACAGAAGUUGAAGCAUGAGUUGAGACAACUUAUAUUUCAAAACAGGAGUUGAUGGAAAAACGAUUUGCACUACAUUUGGAUGUAAAGUUGACUUCUAACUUCUUAUUAAGAUGAGACGUUAAGACGUGAAGGGCGACUUGAUUCAGAGUCAAACUUGUCAUGUAUUGAUUUUUUAGAUAAGUGUAUUCUUCACUAACACUAAGACCACGCCAAGAACGGUAUUGAUUUGAAAAAAAAUAUUUUAAUAUGGAUGGCAGAGAUAGAAAUGAUGAGUGAGGUUUGAUGAUGGGAAGAUUAUGAGGGGUGGAUGGAUGAAGGGGAUGAGGGUAGGGUAAGGGUCCAGGGAUGUGGGAUGAAAUGAGGAUUAGGCUUGAGAGAUGUGGGGUCAAGGGAUGAUGAAGGGAUGAGGGUAACAAUGGAGGGAUAAGGGAUGAACGGAUGAGGUAAGUGUCUUGGGAUGUGCAAUAGAGGGAUGAAGGUCAGGGUUGAGGGAUGAAUGGAGGGGGGUAAGGG